GUCUAAUACGUUUGAUUCGGUGAGUACUGACAGUAGAGAGUAGAUCUACUGUUAACGUUUACAGUGGACAGGGGGAUACUGUGGGACUGUAUACACACUGCUGUCGGUUACGGGACUGGAAUAGAACGCUUUCUUUGGUUCCCUGACAGGAAUCGUGCCAUUUCCUGUACUACAGUACUGUAAUCAGUUACAGUGAUGGAAUGAAGGAUGCUACAGAAUGCAGACUUUACAGAAUCAAAGAUGCCACAAUUUUGAUUGACUUUAUUUGGACUUGGAUUUAAAAGCAUUGUGGAGUCAUCGAGCUAGUAUUUUUCAAAAUGGCCUCCACAUUUUGGCAUUCCAUGUGUGGGCACAAUGAAAACUUUACAGCUUGGAGAAAAAAUGACUUUGGUCCAUGUUUUGAGAAAAUAGCACUAAUCAUACCAGCUCAUGUACUCCUUGCCAUAGUGAGUACGUACCAUGGAGCACAAGUACACCGGAGAAUCACCAAUGUUAGUGCGUCGAUGAAGAUUCCCUGGUUUGUCACACUGAGACUGGUGACCAUUUCAUUAUUACUGUUGUUGCCACUGGCUCAGCUGAUAGUAAUGUCCAUGGUCCUAGAGAUGCAGCCCAGUAUAGCAGACUGUGUGUAUAUAGGUUUAGUGAGUCUCAGUUGGUUACUACAUGGUAUUUACACUUACCAUCUUAAACACAUGUACUGGGAGACAUACAGAGGCCCUCUGUGUGUGAUCAUGUUCUAUCUUUUAUCGUUUGUGGCGGAUUGUCUCCACUGUUACAGCGUCAUCACGAUGCGUGUUUAUAAUUCUCCACUCCACAACUCAGCAGAAGAAUAUUGUGUUUAUGUGACUAUUUUCUGUCACCUUUUAUACAUAUUCACCCUUAAAUCGACUGGUGAUAGACUCAUGAGUGACAGUUACCUUCGCCAUAGUUUAAAUAUAUCUCCUUCUGAAACUGAACGUCUAAUGCUUCCCAGAACAACAGACUAUGGGUCUAUCACAAGUCCACAAGGAACAGUAGUUGUGGCGGAGGAUGGGUCAUCAUUCUUGUCAAAACUUACAUUCCACUGGGUACAACCUCUCAUGAUAAAAGGCUACAAAAAGUUAAUUAAAUCUGCAUCUGAUGUAUAUCUUCUGCCAAAUAAACUCAACACUAUACAAUUAGAGGAAAAGUUUUCUAAGAUUCUGACACCAUCUAAGCACGGGACAUCACUGUACAGUUAUGAGGAAAGCAGCCGCGAUACCCUACUGGCACCUGAUGUUUACAUCAGGUCGGGACAACAAAGUACCAGUCACAAGCAUCAGAAAACCACAACUUUGUUAACAGCUUUACAUAGAACAUUUGGGUUGGAGUACUAUCUCCUAGGUAUACUGAAGCUGAUAGCAGAUUGUGUGGGUUUUGCAGGGCCAAUGUUAUUAAAUUUGUUAGUGACCUAUAUAGAGGAUAAAGAUGAACCAGAACAACAUGGAUAUUUGUACGCUAGUGGGUUACUGUUGUCUACUCUCAUCGGAUCUUUGUGCUCUAGUCAAUUUGACUACCACUGUCGAAAUGUCGGAUUCAAAAUGAGAUGUGCAAUCAUUACCACCAUCUACAGAAAGGCAUUGUCUGUGGGCAGUGUAUCCAUUGCAAAGUUUAGCACAGGUGAAAUUGUGAACUUCAUGAGUACAGAUACAGACAGAAUGGUGAAUUUUUGUCCCAGUUUCCACGCCAUGUGGAGUUUACCUUUCCAGAUAGGCGUAUCUCUUUAUCUACUCUACUUACAAGUGGGACUAGCUUUUCUAGCUGGUCUAGGGUUUGCUCUCCUUCUCAUCCCCAUUAACAGAUGGCUUGCCAACAAGAUUGGAGAACUGAGCAAGGAUAUGAUGGAACAGAAAGAUGCUAGGGUUAAGAUGAUGAAUGAGGUGUUGUUUGGGAUGAGAAUUGUGAAGUUCUACACCUGGGAGAAUCAUUUCCACUCUGAGAUUCAGAGGCUGAGAAAUGCUGAGCUGAAGAGUCUGAAGGGGAGGAAGUACCUAGAUGCAAUGUGUGUGUAUUUUUGGGCAACUACCCCUGUUCUCAUAUCUAUACUGACGUUUACAACCUACUCACUGAUGGGAAAUCCCCUUACAGCAGCCAAGGUAUUUACAAGUUUGUCACUGUUCAUGAUGCUGAUAAGCCCCCUGAAUGCCUUCCCCUGGGUGAUCAACGGAUUGAUGGAAGCGUGGGUUUCUCUGAAACGUGUCCAGGAAUAUGUGGCCCUUACAGACUUGGAUAUGAGAAGUUACUACAAAACAUCAGAGGAUUUGUAUAGUGCUGAGAGAAUUAUAUCCAUUAAGUCAGGAAAAUUUUCUUGGCAAAAUGAAGCAACUGCCUCCCCUGAUGCCCAUGCAGCUAAAAGGAUGAGUGGCCAAUCAUCUUCUGGCACUAAAUCCAGCCAAUCAGCACAUGACACUGAGUCCAGCCAAUCAGCAGAUGACUCUAGGCCUGAGACUAGCCAAUCAGGGACCCUGAAACUUAGAAACAUUAACAUUGAGAUAGAACAAGGUCAAUUCAUUGGAGUGAUCGGGAAGGUCGGAUCUGGGAAAAGUUCACUGCUCCAUGCCGUUUUGGCAGAGAUGUGUUGUGAGGAGGGUCAGGUCUCACUACGAGACAUUCACAGCGGGUUUGCCUUAGUUGCUCAGGAAGCAUGGAUACAGCAUGCCACGAUCCGGGAAAAUAUCCUCUUUGGGCGCCCAUUCAACACUAAGAAAUAUGAAUCUGUACUGGAGGCAGCAGCUCUCAAUAUGGACCUCAGGAUGUUGCCAGCUGGAGAUAGGACUGAAGUAGGUGAGAAUGGUGUGACAUUGAGUGGAGGACAGAAAGCCAGGGUGUCCCUGGCCAGGGCACUGUACCAGGAUAAAGACGUUUACCUAUUGGAUGACCCUCUAGCAGCAGUGGACGCUCAUGUAGCACAGCAUUUAUAUGACAGGUGCAUUAUGGGACUUCUUCGGAAUAAGACUAGAAUCCUCUGCACACAUCACACAAAAUUUUUGGGGAAGGCAGAUUUAGUUAUUGUUAUGGAUGAUGGUGUCAUUUCCAACAUAGGUCCACCGUCAGAGGUCCUAGUGGACACAAAGUUUGCAGACAAUCAGGUGUCUGAUGAGGAGUGGACAGAUGGCAGGCCUGAGACUGACCAGUCCAGUGAAGGUCAAGAUGGGACCUUGGUAGGUGAGGAGGAGAAAGAGACUGGUGUGGUCAAACUGUCCGUGUACAAGUCAUACUGGAGAGCGGUAGGCAACUGCUUGGCUCCAUCUGUGCUCCUGGCUCUGCUGUUCAUGCAAGCCUCCAGAAAUAUCAACGAUUGGUGGUUGUCUUACUGGGUGACACAUAGCAACAGUACAAACCAGGAUCAACCUGGCAACACCUCUGGGUCCUCCUGGACUACCGGUACUGACUCACAGAUUAUCUACAGCCGAUUUGCUGUGCCUGCUGAUUUAAGUUUGGGUAGUAACAGUACGACUGACAGUGAAGAUGAUGUAAAGUUUUAUCUGACUGUGUACGGGUGUCUGGCUGGGGCCAACUCCCUCUUCACUUUGGCUAGGGCAUUUCUGUUUGCCUAUGGAGGGAUAUGUGCUGCAAGGAUCCUUCACCACAAGUUACUGGAAAAAAUCCUUCGGGCACCUAUGUCAUUUUUUGACAUCACUCCAAUCGGAAGGAUCCUCAAUCGAUUCUCCUCUGACCUUUAUGCCCUAGAUGAUUCCCUGCCGUUCAUCAUGAACAUUUUCCUGGCACAGCUGUAUGGGAUCCUUGGUACCAUAGCCAUUACAUGCUAUGGACUACCAUGGUUUGCUCUGCUUCUUGUUCCACUGGGAGCAAUCUACUAUAAAAUACAACAAUAUUACCGCCACACUUCCCGAGAGAUCAAGAGAAUAUCCAGCAUCACACUAUCUCCAAUGUAUGCCCACUUCUCAGAGACUGUGUCUGGAUUAGUCACCAUCCGCGCCUUCAGACAGACACCAAGAUUCCAGACAGAGAAUCUCCGUCGCCUUGACCUGAACCAGAGGGCCCAAUUUGUGGCUGGAGCAGUUGGAAGCUGGCUAGGGUUUCGUCUACAGAUGAUGGGAGUUAUAAUGGUGGCUGGGAUAGCUUUUAUUGCUGUCUUACAACACCACUUCCAAACAGUCAACGCAGGUCUAGUGGGUCUGGCUAUUUCCUAUGCCUUGUCGGUGACCAACUUGUUGAGUGGUGUGGUGAAUUCCUUUACCGAGACAGAGAAGCAGAUGGUCAGUGUAGAGAGAGUCCAGCAAUACCUUGACAACAUUCCACAGGAGAGAUGGGACGGGUCUCUCUUUGUAUCACCGACCUGGCCAGACUCCGGAGUAAUCAAGUUCAAGGAUGUCCACCUGAAGUACCGACUGGGAUUACCUGAUGCUUUGAAUGGAAUUACCUUCAAUACAUACUCAGCAGAGAAGCUUGGCAUUGUGGGACGUACUGGGUCAGGGAAGUCCAGUCUGUUUCUAGCACUGUUUCGCAUUGUAGAAAUCAGCUGUGGAGAAAUUCAGAUUGAUGGGAUGAAUAUUCAGCAUUUGGAUCUGACAGAUGUGAGACGACACAUGGCUGUGAUUCCCCAGGAUCCAUUCCUAUUUAGUGGUACUGUCAGGGAGAAUCUGGACCCAACAUCCUCCUACAGUGACGAGGAACUUUUGGGUGUUGUGGACAGAUGUCAUCUGCGUGUGCCUGUCGACAGAUUGGGGGGACUCGAGGGAGGUGUGGCAGAAAAGGGACGACAUUUUUCUGUUGGACAAAGACAACUCAUGUGUUUGGCUAGAGCACUCCUCACUAAGGCAAAGGUUUUGUGUAUUGAUGAAGCUACAGCCAGUGUAGAUUUGGAAACGGACAUGUUAAUACAAGAAACGAUCCGCCAGGAGUUCGUGAACAGUACCGUGCUAACAAUUGCCCAUCGUAUCAACACCAUAAUGGACAGCGACAGAGUGUUGGUGAUGGACCAGGGUCAAUUGGCUGAACUGGACUCUCCAGGAGUCCUGCUACAAAAUUCUCAGUCUUUGUUUUAUAAAUUAGUACAUGGGGAAAGUUAACAGUGAAUUAAUCUAGAGAAAUGUUCUAACUGAUCUAACAGUUAGACAAGAAACUAAACGAUCAAACUUUGUUAUUAUUAUCAAUAGGACAAUAUGAAAAUGUGAUAUUGUUUAAAAUGAAAUGUGCAAUUAGGUUACAAUUACAUUGUACAAGAAAAACCUUAAACAAUCUAUCAGAUUAGACAAUUCAUGCACUUCUGGAUAAUAUAUUAACUAAUAUACCUUACGUCAAGAAAGUGAAACGUAACUCAUUUAUAAUUAUUAGGUAUCUUGUACUGUGUGCAUGGAACAAACUAGGAACAUCAGUUUCAGCAAUGUACUCUUAUAGUAAUACUCAUAUGUGUGUAUAAUUCAUAAUAUGAGGAUGUACAAACCAGUGUUUAUUUUACUUUGUCUGUGAUAAGUAUAUUUAUUUAUUGUCUUUAUCAGCUAAAAUAAAAUGCUUUUGUCAGAACAAUGUGCAUGUUAGGGGUCCUGCUCCUGCUAAAAGUUUUAUAAAAUUUUACUAUUAUCAACGAUCUUUUAAAUUAGAACAAUGCAAAAUGUGUGAUAAAAUCUGAACAAAAGCCACAACAAUCAUUGUUUUCACUACAGGGUACCUUAGUCUUUAU